UCUGAAUUUAUUUCUGAUCAAAUACUCAGAUUUCCAGUGCGCCCCCUUAUUCUCGCCCCCUCUGCCCACAAAAAUCUUGGAAACGCCCGUGGUCCUGGCCGGUCCACUGGUUGUUAAGUGUUGGGGGUGGGGUGGUUGACUGAGGCUGACGGGGGCUGGAUGUCCUCUCUUUGCCCCCCGACCACAGUGGGAGUGCGCAGUGCCAGGCCGGGCCAGCAGCAGCAGCUGACGCACCGUCACACGUACUUUACGCACGCUGGAUGAAGGCAGGCAGAGACCCGGCGGAGGAGGAUGCUAACACCGGCUCGGUGGGGCUGUCUCCGGGGGUUUAUUUAGCAGGCAGUGGGGGUGCCGGUGUAAAAUGCAGCGGGGCGGACGGGCUGUGCGGGUCGGCCUUGCUGAGCUCGGCUGCUGCGCCUCAUGUUCGCCUCUCACGCAUCUCUCCUAGGACUUGUGAUUAGCGCGUUUUUGUUUCCAGGUCAGAAUCUCCGUUUCCUGUGCGGCGUGUUUGUACUAAAAUGGCCGGAGAUGGCGGCGCUCUGAAGGAUAUCAAUGAGAUUAAGUCCCAGUUCCGGACCAGAGAGGGCUUCUACAAGCUGCUCACCCUCUCAGACUCGCUGCAGCGGGGCGGGCUGCCGCGGGGGCCGUCCGCCGGUACCACGCUGGGGCCCGGGGCCGGACCGGGUCCGAUACCCGGCGGAGGGGUCGGGCUGCUGCAGGGGCCCGGGGCUGCAGCCGCCGCCGCUGCCGCCUCUUCCUCCUCCAAUGCCGCAGCCAACUCCUCCCCGGCUGGCUUCCUGCCGCCGGUCCGGGUCUCCAUGGUGAAGCUGCAGCCCGAAGACCCGAGCGAGGAGUCGGAGCGGGUGUGCUUCAACAUCGGCAGGGAGCUGUAUUUCUACACGUACACCAACAUCAAGAAGGCUGUGGACCUCAGUAAGCCCAUAGACAAGAGGAUCUACAAGGGGACGCAGCCCACGUGUCACGACUUCAACCAGUACUCGGCCACAGCAGAGAGCGUAGCUCUCAUCGUGGGUUUCUCAGCCGGGCAGGUCCAGUAUCUCGACCCCAUCAAGAAGGAAACCAGUAAACUCUUUAACGAGGAGAGGUUGAUAGACAAAUCCAAGGUAACGUGUCUAAAAUGGCUUCCCAAGUCGGAGAACCUGUUCCUGGCCUCCCAUGCCAGCGGUCACCUCUACCUCUACAACGUGGACCACCCGUGCGGCACCACGGCACCACAGUACUCUCUGUUGCGGCAGGGCGAAGGCUUUGCCGUUUAUGCCUGCAAAACCAAGACGCCGCGCAACCCUCUGCUGCGGUGGGCCGUCGGGGAGGGAGGCCUCAACGAGUUUGCGUUCUCCCCAGAUGGCGUGCACGUGGCGUGCGUGGGCCAGGACGGAUGCCUGCGUGUCUUCCACUUUGAUUCGAUGGAGCUUCAGGGCGUGAUGAAGAGCUACUUUGGUGGGCUGCUCUGUGUGUCGUGGAGCCCAGAUGGGAAAUAUCUCGCCACGGGAGGGGAGGAUGAUCUGGUUACUGUGUGGUCAUUUGCAGAAAGCCGAGUGGUAGCGAGGGGGCACGGCCACAAGUCUUGGGUCAACGUGGUGGCAUUCGAUCCCUUCACGACUUCCCUGGAAGAUGAGGAGCCUAUGGAGCUCAGUGGCAGCGAGGAGGACCUCCACCAGGGGGCACAAAAUAACUCCAUGCACUUUGGGCGGGUUCGAACGAGCAGCACGUUAUCCCGCCUUUCUCGGCACAGCUCGAAAGGCGGCGGCUCGCCAUCGGUCACUUACCGAUUUGGCUCGGUGGGGCAGGACACCCAGUUCUGUUUGUGGGACCUGACGGAUGACGUGCUGUACCCGCGCCUGCCGCUGUCCCGCGCCUUUACUAACACUUUUGGGCCUUCGCUGUCCAACUCUGGCAGCGGGGGGAUCAACAGCACCUCAGGUGGGGGAGGAAGUGGAGGUGUGGAGGGACAUCAUCACCCCCCGAACACUAACACCGGCACCUCCAACCCACCCACACUCCCUUUACCGCUUCCUCGCUCCCUUUCGCGCUCCAACUCUUUGCCCCACCCCGCUGUGGCGAACGCCUCCAAAGGCCAGGGCGCCUCAGAGGGCAGUGGGGGAGGAGGAGGAGGGGAGGGAGCAGCGGUGGAGGAAAGCACCCCCUUCAGCAUCGGCCGCUUCGCCACUCUUUCCCUACAGGAGCGCAAGUCGGAUAAGUCCGGCAGCAGCGGGGGCGUGGAGAAGGAGCACAAGCGGUACCACAGCCUGGGCAACAUCAGCAAAAGCAACGACAAGAUCAAUGUGGCGCCGAGGAGCAACCGGCUGGACGCCGCCAAGGUGCUGGGCACUACGCUGUGCCCACGCAUGCACGAAGUGCCGCUGCUGGAGCCGCUGGUCUGUAAGAAGAUUGCACACGAGAGGCUGACGGUCCUGGUGUUCAUGGAUGACUGCAUCAUCACGGCCUGCCAAGAGGGCCUCAUCUGUACCUGGGCACGGCCGGGGAAGGCGAACCUGACAGCACAGAACGGGAACUCUCCGAGCGGCACGGUGGUAUAGCUGGAGGGGAAGCUUUGCACUCAUCCCUCCAUCCUUUCCCUCGUCGUCGUCGUCCUAAUAUGUCAGAAUUUGGGGCCAACUACCAGAGACUAUACCUGACCUACCACUGCAGUAUUAACCCUCAGUAUAACUCUCUGUACACGCCUUCACUCAGAGGUGGGAAACUCUUCCUGAAACACUCAUUUAGGAAAACUUGGGAACAAAUGACACAUUGAAUAUAGCACUAAGCCACAGUAGACCAUAUCAGUAUAUGACAGAAGUAUGUGGACACCCCUUUAGUUGUUUUGUUUGUUUGUUUUCUUUUACUGCUGCUUUUGUUUAUUUUCUGAGGAAUGUUUUAAAGCAGCGUGGAAACCAGCCAGACCUCGUUUAGGAUCAACUGGAACUAUGAAAUCAGUGUUACACGCCACUAAUGUGUUGGAAAAGCUGUUGCAGCAGCAGAGUAUGAGUCACAUACGGGUGAAGUGUUCGGGUGUCCAUGUAUUUUUGACCAUAUGAUGGACCUAAAAAGCCAGCCUUAUUGUUGAAACAUUCAAAUUUCACAACCUGUUCUGCUGAUCUGGACUAUUCGAGCACGUCAGCUCUACCUGGUCCCAUUUUCCACAUGAAUUUCUUCCACUGUAGCGAAGUGGAAGUUUUUUAAAAUGGGCCAUUUUAAAAAACAUUUAUCAAUUGGUUUAAAUUUGCCAUCACUGAUAAAGUAUAAACUGGAUGUGUCUCUUUGGGCAGCUUUAUUUUUAGAUUUCUCUGUGGAAGUCUCCUUCAGAGAGUCUAAAGGGUGACCGUUCAGGGAGCGAGCACAGAUGAUGUUUCUGUGGGUGAAAUGCUCCUCCUUCAGAGUCCUCGGGAUGUUACGGGGGCCUCUAAACCUGGUUCACACAUUUCAUGCUGCUCAGCUUCCUGGAAAAAAAUGAAGAUCAUCAUCCGUGGUCGUACUCCUCACUUGAUGUGCUCCCAUCUAGCCUGGACUCUGCAGACUCUUCCACUGAAAACUGCUCGUUUGUAGCCGGAUUGAUAGCUCUCAUCAGAUGUGUACGUUUGUAAUCAUUAUUAGAAAACUUCCACUGAGUGAUCUAAAACACGCAGCAAGCCUGGAGGCGGUACAGAGGUGCACAAGGAGACAGUCUUGAAGUGCAGAUUAGCCAAAAUUAAGUCCAGAAAGUUGGGAAGUUUUAUUAUUUAAUGAGCUUUUUGUCCAUGAUGGAAGUGAGAAAAGUGUUUCUCAGGAAGAGUUCCCCCCCCCUAAGUGGGACUGCGGUUUAUUCCCACUGUUUCCGCCCUCCCUCCUCCGUGUCUCUCUGCAGAAAGACUGCUUUAACCGCGUUCUUCAUCCUUCGGUCUGUAACCCCGAAGCAACAAAGGAGCUAACGGCAGGCCCUCCUCCAUCGGACCCCUCCCUUUUUCCCCUUCAUGCUAAAGACACUGCAAAAGCCACGGCCAUUGUAUGUAUGUUAUUUAUUUUAUCACAAGACUGUGUAGUAAUUUAUACUGUAAAUAAUGAAAAUACUCUAUAAAUACACAGCGGACAAACGUGUAGGGACUCGGCAGCGAUGAUGAGGUGAAGACGAAGCAGGAAAGAUUAUUAAUAUAUGAAGAUCCUUCUAUUGUACAUACAAACGAGACGGUUAUAAAUCGAAUGUCUGCUGUUUUAGGGAACAUGAAGAUGUCGAUGUGUUUUUAUUUUGUGUUAUAGAGUUUCUCCCUGAAAGCAGUCUGGGUUUAAUCUGAUGUUUUUGGUGUCGGGGUGACCGACCCGACUCGAGCACAGAGAGCAAUCAUUUCAGCUGACUGUCCAAGCUAAUCAGUCGAAUCGUCACUAAUCCUCAUGCAUCCUAAUGAGUAACGUUGGCACCAACAAACGCACACUGUUGCACAUUCCAAGCACACACACGCACACACAGUCCCCCUCUUGGUGUAGCAUCAUGUAUUCUGUGUUAUGGACUCUCCUGUCGCACCUGAAUUGCCUCUUGCAAGAAUUUGCACAUAAAAUAAAUCCACAGUUCAUUGUUAGCUGCCACAUUCAGGGGUGUACUUUCUGUUUAUCGAUCUGACUGAAGCGGCAAAACGGCUCCCAUAACGCCCCCGACACUCACUGCACACGUUUAGUUGGAAGGAAUUUAAUAAUUGCACAUCUCCGUGAUGAAGUUUGUUCCCUUUGCGUGACUGAAUUUACUCUCGACUUGACUUUUCUGCCUUCCUAUUCCUGACGAUAGAAAAGAAAGCAAAAAUCUGUCUGAUUUUUCACUGUCGGCCAUAAACCUGCCAAAAGCUGCGCCUGAAAGUUUAAACCACGUCUAAGACGGAAAGUUUCCCUCACAUUUAGCAUUCACUGAGUCCCGGGAUCCAAAAGGACAUCUGCAUCUGGAUUAAGGAGCUAUACUUUCACAAAACCAUCUAGACAAUGUUUUUCUUUUGGUUCAGCUUGAUUAGUAUCUGUGAAAAUGGAAAGCCAACGGGCAAAUUUACCCCUCCGGGAAUUUCAAAAAUUCCUAGAUCCCAGAAAAUUCCAAAUUGUUUGGGGAUCAAUUGAGCCAAUCUUAAAACUUCCAAUUAUUAACAUUUUUGCGAGUUUGAGUUUUUACUAAGUUUAACUGUCAGGCGUGUUAUUAGUAUUAAAAUAAUUCCUGGUUGAAUCCUUGCACUUCCCUGUAUGAUACUCACAUAACUUUCAAAAGCAGAUUUUUAUUGAUAUUUCCGAUAAAGUACAGAGAUGUGAUUGUACGUCACUUUAGUUCUUCAGUUUUGCUGAUCCAGAUGGUGUGUAGUGAGGAUACGUUUGAGCCCAGAUUGUAAUCCAGACAUUUCUGGUAGUAACAAUUUAUAAUCAGCUGAUUUAGAGGCUACAGGACUGCACCUUAACCAUCCUCCCCUCAUAAUCGGACUGUAUUUCUGUUCACUCUGAUGCUGUGUGCAUGACUACUUAAAAAUUUGCUAAUUUUAGUAUCUCGGAGUAUUUAAAGCGACACAGUAGUAGUAGUUUCUGAUUGGCUACGUCAUAAAGACGCAAUUUGAAGAGUGAAUCCCUGGGUGGGUGGGGCUUCUCUGUCUGAGAUGACCAUAUAAGGAAUAGCCUCAUUUGGUGACCUCAUACAGAGCCAAGGGUAGAAAAAAAAUAAACUGUUACUGAGUUUUUAGUUUACAGGGAUUCCUACACAUACACUGACCUCAUAAAUUGAACCUUUGUCCAGGUUUAAUAAAAGCACCCAGCAUUCUAACAUUAGGUAUAUCACAGAAAAGAAGGAAAAGGAGAAUAGCAUUAAUAGUUAACACUGAAACUUUGACUGAUGCUUCUGUGUUGUAAACAUGAUACGUUUUUGCGAUAUCAGGGCCAGAUGUUGCCAAGAAUCAAAUUAAACUGAAACGGCGUAUUCAUUAACAGGUUAUUGGCCUGAUUUAUUCAAAACCAGGUGUCAGUAUUCAGCGCCUUCCUGUGUUUGAUCUUAAACUUGUUCUUACCUGUCUGCCUAUAAAUAGCUGAGCAAACGUCCCGCGCUGCAGGAGCCAAGGUUGCGCCCUUGGAGCCCCAGACAAACCGUCGGUUUCUUGGCUUUGCGUCUGAGUCGCCGUUGUCGCAGCAUGUGAAUUCAUUCUUGUCGUCAUAGCAACAGCACGCCCGAGGAGGGUAUCUUCGAAUGAGCAUCAUGAGCUUGUGGAGUCGGUCUCGGCUUUAGGGCCAAAUUAAUGUCGCAUCGCGACGUGCGAGGGGAAAAUCUGGACCUUCACCUGAAACACUGAUGAGAGCACAGAUUAUUUAAGAGGUUUAACUUCUCCAAAAACAUCUUCAAACUAAGUAUUUCACAGCCAGGUGUUUGUUUAGAGGUGAACUAAGCCUGCUUCACAAUGCAGCAUCAAAAACCUACCAAACUCCCUGGAUACUCGAAUAUAGUCGGAGAUUUGCCUUUGUCUCUAUGGUUUGUAAAGGUUUUGGUUCUUUAAACUUGAUGAUUUUAGAGAUCACAGUCUCUCUGUGUGUUUGUCCUCUCUGUUGCGCAGAAUUAGUGUCAAAUUUUAUUGGAGAAGUACAAUAAAGUCACAAGUUAAAACUCGUUUUAAUGCAGCUUCAAGAUUUCCUGUAACAACGCAGUGCCUCUGACGUCUCCUCGCAGUGUUUCCAUCCAUGACAAAGAGGCAAAAAUGAAUCCUGCACUGCAAGAGCUUAUUUAGAAAUCAGCACAUUCUUGACUUGAACACUCACUGGGAUAAAAGAUAAAACAUUCAGCAAUAAGAGAGUCUUCAGUUCGUUUGAGAGCUGUCUUUUUAAAAAGCAGGAUUUGGUUGCGUUUUUGUGCCGCAUUAAGUGGAAGAAACGGUUUAAGCAGUGAGUGCUGACAGAGGUGACAUUGGAGAGCAGCGUGAAAAAUUUGAAAUUUUUUGUUUUAGAUUUGCAGCAACUGGUGUUUGUUUGAGGCGCUGAAAUCAGAAAAUUGAGUGUUGUUCACUGACCUCUGUUCAUUUCUGUGUUCAGACUGUCUGCAGGCAGCAAAAGGAAAACAAACAGCCCUGAGUAAACAACAUGUAACCCCCCACACACACUCUCACACACUCGCACACACUCACACGCUAAAAUCCAGACUUGCAGACGUUCAGCACUGAGGGAACAAACGGCGUUCCACAAAUCUUUUCGUCAGGAUGAAGAAAAGCAAGUCAAACCACUUUAAUAUGUCCGUGUUUUUCUCCUGUGUGCUUGUUAAUGUUGAAAUAUGCAUUCUUCAUUAAUCACCAUACACACACGCACACACACGCGCGCACACACACACACACACACACACACUCUAUGCCUGCUCUGAUGGACGUUAAAGCAGCUGAAUGACGUCACUGUUUGUAAAUGGAGAUCUGUUAUUAAAACGUGAAACCUGAA